AUGCUAUCGCACGCCGACCUCCUGGAUGCUCGCCUCGGGAUGAAGGAUGCCGCGGCGGAGCUACUGGGUCAUAGGGAGGCUCUAAAGUGCAGACUAGGCGGUGGAGUGGGAUCUGACCCCGGCCACUCCGGCGAGCUAGCCCCGGGGCCAGACACCGUGGAGGGGGCUACCAUGCUCCCUGGAGACGAUAUCAACAACGGAGGAUCCAACCCUUCUGGCAUGCAGGUCAACAGUAAAGAGCAACAGGACAAGCAGCAGCAGAAUAACUCCAGCCAAUCCGGAGGAAGUCAGAGUCAGAGUCAGAAACAGAAGCGACACCGGACCCGGUUCACCCCGGCCCAACUUAACGAACUGGAGCGCAGCUUCGCCAAAACGCACUACCCAGACAUCUUCAUGAGGGAGGAACUGGCCCUACGGAUCGGCCUAACGGAAUCUCGCGUGCAGGUUUGGUUCCAGAACCGACGUGCCAAGUGGAAGAAGCGCAAGAAGACCACCAACGUUUUUCGCAACCCGGGGACGCUGCUGCCCACCCACCACGGCCUGCACAGCCAGUUCAACUCUGCCGCUGCCGCCGCCGCGGCCAUGGGCGACAGCCUAUGCUCCUUCCACGCCAACGACACACGAUGGGCUACGGCAGGGAUGCCAGGCGUCUCUCAGCUGCAGCUCCCUCCAGCCCUGGGUCGUCAGCACCAGCAUGCCAUGGCGCAGUCCCUGUCCCAGUGUAGCCUGUCCGGUCCGCCGCCCAACUCCAUGGGGCUAUCCAACAUGUCGUCGAACGGAUCCGGGCUCCAGUCUCACCUCUACCAGAACCCGUUCCCUGGGAUGGUCUCGGCCUCCUUGUCCGGUCCCACCAACGUGACGGGCUCGCCCCAGCUGUGUAGCUCCCCAGAAAAUGACGUCUGGAGAGGGACGAGCAUCGCCUCCCUGCGGCGCAAAGCGCUGGAGCACACAGUAUCCAUGAGUUUCACUUAG